CCCUCAACUCCGACGCGUCCCUAACCUAGUGGCCCUGGUCAAAGUCUUCGUCUUCAACUCUCUCCCACUCCCUCUCUUCCUCCGGCUGUCGCGUCUUCUCUGCGGAACCCUAAUUUUGCUGCAAACUUUUGGGUCGUCACUGUCAGCUCUCACAUGGCGAACAAGCACACGAUCAUUCUAAUGCAAACUUCUCACAACAAAGCAAGUAGAACCUUUAUGGACUAUGAUUCUAUAAGUCAAGCAAUGGAUGGUAUAUGUGGACUAUAUGAGAGGAAGCUGAGGGAGUUAAAUCCAGCAAUUAGAGAUAUCUCUUACGACAUCGGAGAUCUCUACAAUUUCAUUGAUGGUCUUGCUGACAUGAGUGCUUUAGUUUAUGACCACUCAAUUCAGGGAUAUCUCCCAUACGACAGACAGUGGAUUAAACAACGGACGCUUCGACAUCUUCAGAAACUUGCACAUUGACUAAAGUGAUGCUGCAGAUUAGGUCUGUAGCAAAUCCGCAAAAAAUAAGAAGGAAAAAAAGAGGAGUAUUUUUAGACUUGAAUCAGAUUUUAAAGGGAUUUAGAUAUGAAGUGUAUAACUACCCGGCUUUCGACUAUCCUGGUUUUCAUCCGGUCUGUGUGUUAUUCUGGUGUUGUAAGCUUUCUAUCUGUGCACAUAACUUCAAAAUUAGACGGUGGCUUUGCCCAAGUUUCAAAUGAAAAUCAACGUUUGUUGUCGUUUCGGAGCAA